UUGGAGUCUUUUUUUUUUUUUUUUUUUAUAGGCUUGGGAGUCCGUCAAGUCAAUUUGGUCAUCACCAAAAUUGCCUCCUCGAUUCCACCUUCAUCACUCUCAUCUCCAUAACCACAUCCACCUCCAAAAUCUCAUCAAUGGCCGCCGCCGCUGCUCCGCCCAUCUUCAUCGACGCCUCCACUCUCCGCUCACUUCUAACCCCCGGAACCCUAAUCCACCACCUCCAAACCUCCCUCCCCACCGCCUCCACCGCCACCCACUCCCCUCUCCGCCACCACCACCAAACCUCCCCCACCGCCUCCCUCCUCCUCAUGCCCUCCUGGUCCCUCUCCCCUUCCCUUCCUUACACCGGCGUCAAACUCGUCACCCACCACCCCCUCAACACCUCCUCCCUCCCCUCCAUACACGCCAGUUACGUCCUCUUCCACUCCCUCACAGGCCAAACCCUGGCCACCCUCGACGGCACCGAGCUCACCCUCCACCGCACCGCCUCCGUCUCCGCCCUCGCCUCCCUCUACCUCUCCCACCCUAACUCCCAAACCCUCCUCAUGGUCGGUGCAGGUGCACUGGCACCCCACCUGAUCAAAGCCCACCUCACGGUUCGCCCCAGUUUAAACCGCAUCAUAAUCUGGAACCGGAAUUUCGACAAGGCCAAAGCCCUAGUCGAUAACUUGAAAACUGAGGCAGAGUUUACAACAACUAGGGUUUGUUUCGAGAGUAGUAAGGAGUUGGAGGCAGCGGUGGGGGUUGCAGAUAUAAUCAGCUGCGCGACAAAUUCGGAGGUGCCGCUGGUGAUGGGGGCAGGGAUGAAGGCCGGUGCCCACUUGGACCUGGUGGGGUCGUUCAAGGAGUCGAUGAGGGAGUGCGACGACGAGGCGAUGAGAAGGGGGAGGGUGUUUGUGGACCACAAAGCGGCGGUGGAGGAGGCAGGAGAGCUGGUGGGGGCGUUUAAGAGAGGGGUGAUUGGGAGGAGUGACGUGGUUGGGGACUUGGUGGAAUUGGUUAAGGGGGAGAAAGUUGGGCGGAGGGAUGAGGAGGAGGUCACAGUGUUUAAGUCGGUUGGAUCCGCAGUCGUGGAUCUUGUGAGUGCUCAAUUGGUGUAUGAGACUUUCAUCAAGUGAGUGAAAAUCUAUGACACGCCAUUUGUAUUGUGUAUGAGGGCCAAACCAUGAUUUGUUCAAAUACCUAAGCUAUAAGUGUAGAAUUUGGUUGAGUUUAGCAAUAAUAAAAUGGCAUAAAUUUGAUUA